AUGGAUGUUGCCAUUAAUGUUAAGCAACAAAAGCAUUUUGUACUUGUACAUGGUGCCGGCCAUGGAGCUUGGUGCUGGUACAAGCUGAAGCCGCUGCUGGAGUCUGCUGGACAUAGGGUCACAGCCAUAGAUCUAUCAGCGGCCGGGAUCAAUCCAAAAAGGUUAGACGAGCUUUACACACUUGAGGAUUACAGCUUGCCAUUGCUGGAGCUCAUGGCUUCAAUUCCUCCUACUGAGAAGGUUGUUCUAGUUGGCCAUAGUUAUGGUGGCUUUAACUUGGCUCUUGCCAUGGAAAAUUACCCUGAAAAGAUCUCAAUUGCUAUUUUUGUCACGGCCCUUGCGCCUGAUAUUUUUCGCCCACUGUCCUAUCCUCUGGAACAGUUUUCUGCUCAAUACCCAGAAGAUUUGUUGCUGGACACGGAGAUUUCAUACUAUGGUACCCCAGAAAAACCACGGAAAUCCAUGCAUUUUGGCCCCAUAUUUUUGUCCACCAAACUUUACCAGCUUUGCUCCGCUGAGGAUCUUGAAUUGGCAAAAAUGUUGGCUAGGCCAGCCUCGAAUUUCCUAGAAGAUUUGGCGAAGGCCAAACCGUUUUCACCCGAAAGAUAUGGUUCGGUUAAGCGAGCUUAUAUUGUAUGCAAGGAAGAUAAAAUAUGUCCAUUAGACUUUCAACGUUGGUUAAUUCAAAAUAUUGGGGUGACAGAAGUGAAAGAGAUCAAAGAUGCAGACCACAUGGUAAUGUUGUCAAAGCCCCAAGAACUUUGUCAAAAUCUUUUAGAGAUAGCUAGUAACUACAUUUAGUUAUGGCGUCUUACUUAAUUCAUAGAGGGUAAUAAUGUGUGGGAUU